ACGCUUUGAUUAAGCUUUGGUCGAUUUUCUUCUAUACUUCAAACUCUUUCUUUUCUGUCGUUCCCCCUGUUUUUUUUUUCUUUUCCCACUGUUUGGUGAGAGAGAAAGUGGAAUUCCGAGACUGAGAAAAUUGAAAGAAAAUUAGCGAUGGUGGUCAGAAAGGUAGGAAAGUAUGAGAUUGGAAGAACAGUCGGCGAAGGAACUUUUGCAAAGGUUAAGUUCGCGCAAAAUACGGAAACCGGCGAAAGUGUUGCCAUGAAAGUCCUCGAUCGCAGCACUAUUAUCAAACACAAAAUGGUCGAUCAGAUCAAAAGGGAGAUAUCUAUAAUGAAGCUUGUUAGACACCCUUACGUUGUUCGUUUGCACGAGGUUAUAGCAAGUCGAACUAAGAUUUAUAUAAUCUUGGAGUUCAUUACUGGUGGUGAAUUGUUCGAUAAAAUAAUUCAUAAUGGUCGUCUUAGUGAAGCCGAAGCUAGAAGAUAUUUCCAACAGCUUAUUGAUGGUGUGGAAUUUUGCCAUAGCAAGGGAGUCUACCACAGAGAUUUGAAGCCUGAAAAUCUUUUACUUGAUUCCCAAGGAAAUUUAAAGAUUUCAGAUUUUGGACUUAGCGCAUUGCCAGAACAAGGAGUUAGCCUACUUCGGACGACAUGUGGAACUCCUAACUAUGUGGCACCAGAGGUUCUCGGUCACAAUGGUUAUGAUGGUGCUGUAGCAGAUGUCUGGUCUUGCGGUGUCAUCCUUUAUGUUCUGAUGGCAGGUUAUCUUCCAUUUGAUGAGCUUGAUCUCACCACACUGUAUAGUAAGAUUGAGAGAGCCGAGUUUUCUUGCCCUUCUUGGUUUCCCAUGGAAGCAAAAUCCUUGAUUCAUAGAAUUCUAGAUCCAAAUCCUCAAACUCGCAUUACAAUUGAGCAAAUCAGGAGUGAUGAGUGGUUUAAGAAGAACUAUGUUCCUGUCAAACAUUUCGAGUACGAAGAUAUUAACUUGGAUGACGUAAAUGCUGUGUUUGAUGAUCCUGUGAUUGAUAAGGAAGAAAGGGGUAAUGAACCAUCAAGAAAUGACGAUAUUGGUCCUUUGAAUCUUAAUGCAUUUGACUUGAUCAUUCUCUCUCAAGGCUUGAAUCUUGCAACACUUUUUGACCGAGGGAAGGACACCAUGAAGUAUCAGACACGAUUUGUUUCACAGAAGCCAGCAAGGAUUGUUCUGUCUAGCAUGGAAGUUGUUGCUCAAUCAAUGGGCUAUAAGACACACAUUCGCAACUAUAAGAUGAGAAUUGAAGGUCUUUCAGCUAGCAAGACUUCUCAUUUUUCAGUUAUGCUCGAAGUUUUCGAUGUUGCUCCCACGUUUCUGAUGGUAGAUAUACAAAAAGCGGCAGGUGAUGCAGGAGAAUACCUAAAGUUUUACAAGACAUUUUGUAGCAACCUGGACGAUAUCAUUUGGAAACCGCCUAAUGAAUCAAGUAAAUCAAGGAUCACCAAAUCUAGGAGUAAAAGACGUUGAUCCUUCAAGUAGGCGUUCAACCUUGAGGUUGACGUUACUACUUACCUAACCAUCCCCA